AACAAAAAAGAGAUUCGUACACUUAACAAGCUAGCAAACUUAAUCGGUCGUCUUAAGCAGUAGCAGCAAAUACUGCGCCAUUUUGAUGGCUAUUUCACCUGAAUCCAUGCCAGAAAAUCCAAUUGAUUUCCGAGCCCCGCCGCCCUCUCCUAUCGCCUCUGGCCGAAGAUCAUCCGUGACCAAUGAUGAAGUCCUAACUGAGUUUCUUGAGCACUCACUACGUGUUCCGGAUUUGAUUUUACCUGAUAAGAUAUUUCCAAGACAGAAAAUUGUCGAAACACCCCCAAGAAUUGAUUGUCAAUCACUGAUUGCUGGGGAAAGUGAUUCAGUUCUGAGGAUGCUGGAUUCAAUAGCAAGAAUUGGGUGCUUUCAACUAGUUAACUUUGGAAUUUCAAGUGAAUUUAUAAGGUUGGCGUCGGUCACAGCAGCCGGAAUCUUUCAGCUGCCUCCUGAAAAGAAGGAGGCAGUCUCGAGGUCACUGGAGAGGCCAUAUGGAUUCGAGGAAGUUCAUGGUGAUCAUCAGGAGGCCGAGAGUGAAGUAAGUGAAGAGUUUGUGUGGUGUAAAGAUGAGAGUUUGAAGUUGGAUAUGGAGGGAAUAUGGCCAACUGGAUAUUCAAAUUUCAGCAAGAAAAUGGAGACCCUUUCAUCUGAUAUAGAGAAAGUGGCCAGGAAAAUCCUCCAAAUUCUCCAUGAAAAUUGUGCGAGGAAAUCAAUGUAUGGAAAUGAUAUGAUGCAGAGGCAAGAUCUCAUUGGCUCAGUCUGUUGCCUAUACAAGCAUGGACGUAACUUUCUGGCUGAUCAAUGGGCUAGCUCCUUGGGAUAUGAUGUGAUGAGAAUGCUAAUAAGAGGAACUGAUUACUCUCAUGCCUUGUGCUUGCAUGUAUGUGAUGGUUCAUCUGAAUUUCAUGUUUACUCCAAGAAAGGCUGGGUGUCUUUCUGCCCAGAUAAAGAUGCAUUGAUUGUCACAGUUGGAGAUCGAACACAGGUUUGGAGUGGCGGCCAGUACAAGCAUGUUUUCGGAUGGCCAAUCUUUAAAGGUGAGGAUAAGGACAGCAUUUCAAUGGCUUUUCUCUAUUCUCCUCCAAGCAGCAAUAGUAGCAGCUCCAAAACCAGCAAGGGGAAGACUGUUUCGCUUGGCCAACAAGCUAUUUUGGCUAUAAUUUUGACUCUUGUAUGCCAUUUCUUAGUUUAUUUUUAUAAGGAAGUUUGAUGCUAUCAAAAAAUGCUGAUGGGCUCAUCCAUUCAGUUUUGGUUC